AUGAGGUUUAAUGGAUAUCUAAAAUUACGAAUUGGAGAGGCGGUGGAUCUGAAACCGACGACCACCUCUCUCCGUCAUUCUGUGAUGUUCAACAAAGGGAAUCAAUCGUUGGACCCCUAUAUUGUGGUGAAAGUGGACGAGUACAAAGUUGGACAAACGCACACAAAACAGAAGACCAACAUGCCGACUUACAACGAGGAGUUUAGUCUCAAUGUGAAUAAUGGAAAACACAUCGAGUUGGCAGUCUUCCACGAUGCUCCAAUUGGUUAUGAUGACUUUGUAGCUAACUGCACGAUCCAAUUUGACGACCUCAUGAAGAAGACAAACACAGAGGAGACCUUCGAAGGAUGGGUUGACCUGGAACCUGAGGGCAAAGUGUACAUCCUCAUCACUCUCACAGGCUCCUUUACUGACGAAGAUGCAACGGGAAAUGAACGUUCAUACAAAGAGUUCACACGGAAGAGGCAGCAAGCGGUCAGACGCCGCAUCCAUCAGGUCAAUGGUCACAAGUUCAUGUCAACAUUCCUUAAGCAGCCCACAUUCUGUUUUCACUGCAAAGAGUUCAUAUGGGGUGUGUUUGGGAAACAGGGAUACCAGUGUCAAGUAUGUACUUGUGUUGUUCACAAACGCUGUCAUCAGUUAGUGGUUACAGUCUGUCCGCGCAUGAAAAAACCUGCCAAAGAACAGACAACCAAUCAGGGUUUCAGUAUAAACGUUCCCCACAUGUUCAGCGUUCACAAUUACAAGGUUCCUACUUUCUGCGACCACUGUGGCUCAUUGCUUUGGGGACUUGUUCGACAGGGACUUCAAUGCAAAGUAUGUAAGAUGAACGUGCAUAUUCGCUGUAAAGGAAAUGUUGCACCCAAUUGUGGAGUCAACAAUGUGGAGCUGGCCAACAAACUGGCAGAGAUGGGCCUUCAACCAGGAGGACUGUCCAAACGCAACUCAGUGUGCCAGGGGACUUCAGCUGAUCCACACGGCCGGGCACCCAGUGUGAGGAAGAAUUGUGGGGAGACAGACAAACAGAGCAGAACCCUGGGCAUUACAGACUUCACCUUCCUCCAGGUGCUGGGCAAGGGAAGCUUUGGCAAGGUGAUGCUGGCCAAGCUGAAUAAAAGUGAGCGAGUGUUUGCAGUGAAAGUGCUGAAAAAGGACAUCAUUCUACAGGACGAUGAUGUGGAGUGCACCAUGACCGAAAAACAAGUGUUAUCCCUUGCCCGCUCUCAUCCUUACCUCACACAACUUUUCUGCUGCUUUCAGACACCGGAUCGACUGUUUUUUGUAAUGGAGUUUGUGAAUGGGGGUGAUCUCAUGUUUCAUAUUCAGAAGUCCAGGAAGUUUGAGGAAAACAGAGCUCGAUUCUACACGGCUGAGAUUACCUCAGCGCUGAUGUUUCUGCACAGUAAAGGCAUUCUGUACAGGGACCUGAAGCUGGACAAUGUGUUGCUGGAUAAGGAUGGUCACUGUAAACUUGCAGACUUUGGCAUGUGUAAAGAGGGCAUGUUUGAAGGGGUUGCCACGGGGACCUUUUGUGGAACCCCAGAUUAUAUUGCUCCUGAGAUUCUUCAGGAGAUGCUGUACGGGCCGUCGGUUGAUUGGUGGGCGCUGGGUGUGCUCCUGUACGAGAUGCUCUCCGGCCACGCCCCUUUCGAGGCCGAGAAUGAAGACGACCUGUUUGAGUCCAUCCUGAACGAGGAGAUUGUCUACGCGUCCUGGCUCAGCGCUGACUCUGUGGAUAUUCUCAAAGGGUUCCUGACAAAGAACCCAUCUCGUCGCCUGGGCUGCGUGGCCUCGGAGGGAGGAGAGAACGCCGUUAUCAGUCAUCCCUUCUUUCAUAGCAUUGACUGGGACAAACUGAACCGGAGAGAGCUGGAACCGCCUUUUAAACCCAGAAUCAAAACUCCGGAGGACGUCAACAACUUUGACCCAGAUUUUACGCAGGAGGAGCCCACACUCACCCCCAUCGAUGACCCGCUUAUUCCAUCUGUCAAUCAAGACGAGUUCCGAAAUUUCUCCUUCACUUCUCCCGAACUCCUGGAGGCUGAGAGUAGUGCCUCAUCAGAAGGCAGUCCCUAGAAGAACAAAAUGGAGAACAGAACAGUCAU